ACUCACAAUCUUUCUUUUCCUUGUGUGAUUCUCUGCCCAGUGACAACCGGCACAAGCUUCCUUUGGAGCAGGAGGAUACCAAGGGAUGAUGUCGUUAACCUUGUUGUUUUUCCUUUGUAUAUUUUCAACAUUUUCUGCUUCUAUUAAAGUACAUACAGCGGGACCAAGGCUUAACAAUGACAAGGUGUAUAGAUAUAAUUAUGCCACAGAAGUAUUAAUUGAUAGGCCCCGAGGGUCACUGCAGGAAAGUGUGGGAUACAAGAUUUCCUCAGAAGUAGAAGUUAGCUUAAUUUGGAGAAACCCAUCCAACAAAGAUGACCAGCUCAUCAGAAUUGGGAUGAAAAAUAUUAAAGUUGAAAAUAUCAACGAACGCCCACAAGAUCAGAACAUUUUUACUGGAACAAAUGCUGCAAAACUUCUAGGAGAAGAUAAUCUUUCUAUUCUUCAAAGGCCAGUUCUUGUACAAUGGAGUCAUGGAAAGGUUAAAACCCUAUAUAUGUACCAGAAUGAACCCACCAUCCUUGCGAACAUUAAGAGAGGCUUGGCAAGUCUUUUCCAAAUACAGUUCAGUUCCGGUACAGUGACAGAGGCUGAUGUUUCUGGUAAUUGUAAGGUUACUUACCAGAAAAAACAAAACCAGGUGACAAAAAUCAAACAACUGGACAGCUGCAAGAUUUCAAAAACUGGAUUCACUAAUUCUAAUAAGGUUCUGGGUGUUUCCAACAAAGACACAUCUAGUACAAUUUACCUCAUUGAAGAUGACAAUGUUAAAUCUGUUCUAGCUGAAGAAAAUCAUGUCCUGACACUCAAUGUAUAUGGAACAAUUGCAGCCAAAAUACUUUGCAGACAAAAGCUAGAACUGAAGGCUGUUGAAGCUGGACCAAAGGAAGUAGCAGGAAAGCAGAUAGCCAAUGUAGUCAAAGGGCUAGAUCCCAAAUACAUGGCUAUUCCCCUAGUGGCUGAUCCAAUAAAAUCAGAAUGUAAAAAUUGUCCUGUGCUUUUAAAGCAAUGGCAGACCAUUCGUAAAAACUUGGAACCUGAGAAUCUUUCAAAAGCCACUGCAGCUCACAGCUUUCUGUCACUAAUUCAAGGUAUUCGUAGUGCUAAGAAGUCAGAUAUUCUAUCACUCCUCAGAUCAGAGAAAGAAGAUGUGCUUCCUCAGCUGGUUGAUGCAGUGACUUUUGCGCAAACUCCUGAAUCCUUAAAGGCCGUUUUGGAGUUUUUGGACUUUGGUAAUGGAAGCAGACCUUUGUUACAAGAGAGAUUCUUAUAUGCCUGUGGCCUGGCUUCACAUCCAAAUGAAAGUAUGCUGAGAGCUCUGCUUGACAAAUACAAAGGAAAAAUUUCAAACGAGGAGAUUAGAGAAACUGUCAUUAUUAUUAUUGGUGCUCUUGUCAAAAAACUGAGCAUGGCUGGAGGCUCUGAACUACCGGCAGUUCAGGAAGCCAAGCAGUUAAUCUUAAAUGGUUUGCAAAAGGCAAGCAAACCUUCUGAUGUGAAAGCAUAUCUUUUAGCCCUGAAAAAUGCCAAUCUGCCGGAAGGGAUUCCAAUGCUGCUGAAAUAUUCAGAAUCUGGGGAGGGGCCUGUCAGCAGCAUUGCGAUCGGCGCUCUUCAGAAUUAUGACAUAUCAUUCAUCACUGAUGAGGUAAAAAAAGUUAUGAAUCGCAUCUACCACCAGAAUUAUAGAAUACAUGAAAAGACAGUGAGGACAUCCGCAGCAAAUAUAAUACUGAACAGCAACCCUACAUACAUGGAAGUAAAAAAUCUGCUUCUUUCUAUUGGCCAACUUCCGCUAGAAAUGAACAAGUACAUGCUCUCUGUGUUCCAAGAUAUUCUUCAUUUCCAGAUGCCUGCCAGUAAGCUUAUUCGUGAGGUUUUGAAGGACAUGCAAGUUCAUAACUAUGACCGCUUCUCAAAACCUGGCUCCUCAUCGGCCUAUUCUGGAUAUAUAACACGUGGCCCUGACUCCUCAGCAACAUAUAGUCUUGACAUCCUCUACUCUGGUUCAGGCAUCCUAAGAAGAAGCAACAUGGAUACCUUUGUAUAUUCCAAAAAUACAGAACUUCAUGCCAUUCAGGUUGUUAUUGAAGCACAAGGACUUGAAUCACUAAUAGCUGCAACUGCUGAUGAAGGAGAGGAAGACUUGGAGUCCUUUGCUGGAAUGUCAGCCAUCUUGUUUGAUGUCCAGCUUCGCCCUGUAACCUUUUUCCAGGGUUACAGUGAUUUAAUGUCAAAAAUGUUUUCAGCAACCGGUGACCCAAUAAAUGUUGUGAAAGGACUGGUGCUUCUAACAGACCAUUCUGAGACUAUUCAGCUGCAAUCUGGGCUACAGGCCAGUGUAGAGUUCCAGGGUGGACUGGCCAUUGAUAUCUCAGGGGGAAUGGAUUUCAGCCUGUGGUAUCGAGAAUCCAAAACCAGUGUUAAUAACCGUGGGGCUAUAGUCAUCACAGGCAACAUUACUGUUGAUUCAGGGUUUGCAAAUGCUGGCAUGGAAACCCGCUUGGAAACUGAGUCUUCCUUUAAUUUUAUGACAACAGUGAAGUUUUCAUCAUAUCCAUUUUUGGUGUGUAUGCAAAUGGAUAAAGGAACAUUCCCAUUCAGGCGAUAUGUCACAAAAUACGAAAGACUACCCUGCGGUAAAUCAUAUGUGUCUCGGAAAGGAACCUACAGAAUGUGGGCAGGUUCUGAGCUUCCUCUUCAUGAAAAGAACUCCAACAUGGUGCAGAGACGUGUUUGCAGAAGCAAGAUUCCCCAGACAGCUGGGUUUGAAGGUUACCAGAUACCAUUCCAUUUUGCCUGA